ACCAAAGUACAGGUACAAGGUGAUUGGAUAUAUGCUGGUCGGUACAGUGGAAACUACUUCGCUCGAUCAAAUGUUCUUUUGUGAAUACCAACAUAUCAAGAACGUAUAGUCGUUUAUAAACGUUCUCGAAAAGAAAAUCAAUCUGUUUAUUUGGUGAGUGCGUCUUUACGUUCCAAGGUAAAGUGACUUGAAAUCAUGGACACCAAGAACCGCAAAGGCGCUGUCAUAAACGGCGUCCACAACACUGUCCCUGCCACCAGUGAAGGAAGAAGUCCUGGGGAAAGGCUAAAGAAUGAGAAUGUCAAUAUCUCAGGCAUUCCAGGCUUAAGUAUUAACAUCCUGGGGACGUUCAUGCUACUGUGGCCACCCCUGUUUGUUUGGUACUUUUGGCUAGCAUGUAACUCCUACCAAUGCUCACUGGGCUCCCUUGGGAGCGAAUUUCUUUCUAAUUUCCAAAAUGGCUCAGGGAUUGCUUUUAUAUUGAAGAACAUCCCGCAAGUGAACCUGAAGAGCGUGUUGGUKUUCUUUACUUGGAUGUUUAUCCAACUUGUAUUGUACMUAGUCCUUCCAGGUCGACAAGCCAAAGGGAAYCCAACUCCGGCAGGAAAUGCUUUGCCGUAUAAUUGCAAUGGCUUCAAUGCUUGGCUAUUCACUCACAUUGCAUUUCUAGUUGCUGUGAAGCUUGAUUUGAUUAAAAUGACUAUCGUUUAUGAUCACUGGGGCGCACUGCUCGUCUUGGCCAAUAUUUUUGGGUUUGGAUUAACAGUGUUUAGUUAUUUUAAAGCGAUCUAUUUCCCCAGUCACAAGGAAGACCGCUGUUUCAGUGGAUCGUUUUUCUACGACAUGUUCAUGGGAGUAGAGCUCAAUCCUCGUAUCCGUGACUUUGACUUCAAAUUGUUCUUCAAUGGUCGACCUGGGAUAGUUGCCUGGACACUGAUCAACCUCUCCUUUGGUGCCAAACAGUACGAGAACCUUGGUUACGUCACAAACUCCAUGGUGAUACUCAACAUCCUUCAGGCUGCCUACGUCAUCGAUUACUUCCUCAACGAGGUGUGGUACCUAAGGACAAUUGACAUUGCUCAUGAUCACUUCGGAUUUUACCUUGCCUGGGGGGACAUGGUCUGGCUUCCAUUCAUGUAUACUUUACAAGCAGUAUAUCUCGUGUACAACCCAGUCAAUCUUCCUGUUUGGGCGGCCGCUGGUGUCCUGGUCCUCGGUCUGGCUGGGUAUUUUAUCUUCCGUUCGGCCAACUCUCAGAAAGAUUACUUCCGAGCGCAGAUCAAGAAGACCGGCCAAUGUGAAAUCUGGGGKAAGCCUGCCAUAUAUAUCCCUGCCGAGUAUAAAACUUCGGAUGGUAUCGUGAAGCAGUCGUGUCUACUAGCAUCGGGUUGGUGGGGAAUCUCGAGGCAUUUCAAUUACGUGGGGGAUCUCAUGAACUCUUUAUCUUAUUGUUUGGCAUGUGGUGUAAGUCAUUUGCUGCCACAGUUCUAUUUCGCAUAUAUGACCAUWCUACUGGUUCACAGGGCUUUCCGUGAUGAUGUCAAGUGUAACCAGAAAUAUGGCGUAUUCUGGAAGAAAUAUUGUCAAAAAGUUCCAUAUAAGAUCAUUCCAUAUGUUUUUUAAAAGAUGUAAAUGUGAAAUAACUCAAGAAUUUUUUUUAAUGGUUAAUGAUUUGGUAGUUUGAUAAUUUCAUGCUAUAUGUUAAACUGUUUUCGUUUUUAAAAACACCUCUUUCGACACACUACACCAAGACUUUGAAUGAAACAUGUUUCGUCUAUUAGACCUUUUCAAUCAUUGUUACGUUACACAGUUGACUACGCUUACAAAAUCUAACUGCACGCGCUUAACACAUCGUGCGCGCGCGAACACUAAUAACCUACAAAAAGACUACAAAAACAAAAUAAAAAUAAAAUAAAUAACAAAGUUACAAAAGUUCAA